GAUCGGUUCGGAAUUUUUACAGUGAGUGGGUGAAUGAGUCCAUGAACAUUUUAGGGAAGACGGUGAGGAUGAAUUGUGUGAUGUUCACUAUUUGAAAUGGGUCUAAACGAAACGGGAGCAAAUAAAGGGAGCCGGUGUGUUGGUGUGGCUGAGACCCGGGGAGAGUAGCCAAAAUCUGGAUACUGUGUCAAAGUGUGUGGCUGACUGGCCCUUUAGUGUGCAGGUGGACCCAGGCCAGAGGCAGCAGUGAGGAUGGGAGGUGGAGGACAGCUGACGGAGGCAGGAGAGCAGGUCAGUGGGCGAGCUGGUGGCGUCUACACCUGGGAGGAGGUGCAGAGCCACUGCAACAGGAAUGACCAGUGGCUGGUGAUUGAUCGGAAGGUUUACAACAUUACGCAGUGGGCCAAAAGGCACCCAGGAGGGAUCCGGGUCAUCAGCCACUACGCUGGAGAGGAUGCCACGGAGGCAUUCACUGCUUUUCAUCCCGACUUAAAGUUUGUGAGGAAGUUUCUGAAGCCUCUGCUGAUUGGAGAGCUGGCAGCGACAGAGCCCAGCCAGGACCGAAACAAAAACGCGACAAUCACACAGGACUUCCACACUUUACGUGCGAAGGCGGAGCGCGAGGGUCUGUUUCAAGCUCGGCCUUUGUUCUUCUGCCUCCACCUGGGUCACAUCCUGCUGCUGGAGGCCCUCGCCUGGCUGAUCAUCUGGAUUUGGGGAACUAGCUGGACACUGACCUUUCUGAGCGCCGUCAUGCUGGCAACUGCUCAGCUGCAGGCUGGGUGGCUGCAGCACGACUUCGGCCACCUGUCUGUCUUCAAGAAGUCCAGCUGGAAUCACGUGUUGCACAAGUUUGCCAUCGGCCAUUUGAAGGGAGCGUCUGCCAACUGGUGGAAUCACCGGCAUUACCAGCAUCACGCCAAACCCAACAUCUUCAGUAAGGACCCUGAUGUCAACAUGUUGCACGUCUUCGUAGUUGGAGCAACUCAACCGGUGGAGUACGGCAUAAAAAAGAUCAAAUAUAUGCCCUAUCACUACCAACACCAGUACUUCUUUCUUGUUGGACCGCCGCUUCUCAUUCCAGUGUACUUCCACAUUCAGAUCAUUCGCACCAUGAUUUCCCGCCACGACUGGGUGGAUCUGGCUUGGUCUCUGUCUUACUACCUGCGCUACCUUUGCUGUUCGGUGCCCAUGUAUGGUCUGUUUGGCUCCGUGGUGCUCCUCAGCUUCGUCAGGUUUUUGGAGAGCAACUGGUUUGUGUGGGUCACUCAAAUGAAUCAUCUGCCGAUGAACAUCGACCACGAUAAGCACCAGGACUGGCUGUCCAUGCAGCUGCACGCCACCUGUAAUAUUGAGCAGUCCCCCUUCAACGACUGGUUCAGCGGACACCUCAACUUUCAAAUCGAACACCAUUUGUUUCCCACGAUGCCACGCCACAACUACCACGUGGUGGCCCCGCAGGUCCGCGCGCUGUGUGAGAAACAUGGCGUUCCUUACCAGGUGAAAACAAUGUGGCGAGGCCUCGCUGAUGUUUUCAUGUCACUGAAAAACUCUGGCGACCUCUGGCUUGAUGCAUAUCUCCACAAAUGACAACUUUAAUUAUCUGCAAUGUACCGACAAGGAGCGCCAUUUUUUUUCUCCUUUUCUGCAUCAUAUAUUGAUUGUAUCUGUUAGCUUUUAUAAUCCAGUCGAUAUUGUGUGAAUGAUCUUUCUUAGUGUUGGUAUUAUAGUUCACUUUUUUCAGAUCCUGUGCCGGGUUUUUAGUGCUCGCAGAGUUUCUCUGAAUUGCCUUACAGUGUCUUGAACAACAGUCGUAUGGUGUUAUGAAUACAAUUGUGAAAACUGAUUGUGAGGUAUUUACAGUGAUUUUCAUUAUAUUUUUAUGUGAAGCAGAACAAUAAAAUGAGACAAUUACACGGACAAAUUACAAGUCCCGUGUAAUUGAGGAUGAAUUAGUUACUGCACUUAAUUUUAACUUACUUCUUGACUUGCAACUCUUGUUCUUAUCUUACAGUAUACAAUAAAGGAAAAGUAUUGACUGUUUAUCCACCUC